AUGUACAAUGGAAACGAGCUGCUACUUGAGGAAACAGAAGCAGAAGAAGGAACUCUACCCCUUCCCAAAGCCACGCUUCAUUCACUUCCUGUCGAGAUAAUGCUUCAUAUUUUCUCACAUUUGGAGAUCAAACCUUACCUCUUUUCUCGUGGUGUAUGCAAAGAGUGGCAACACCUCCUUCCUCUUGCUGACAUCCAUCCAGUGCGGCGCCGUCUAGUUGAGCUGUAUUUAAAGAUGGUUAACACACCAAAUUUUAUCGACACCCGUACAUGGAUAGUUGACAAUCUCCAGCCGUUCGACCGACAGGCGUACAUCGACACCCUCCUUUCACAAUACCCGGCAAUCCCGGAAGAGUUUCGCGUUUGGCUUCUCGAAUGGCCAGAAAAGGCUACUGUGAAUUGUAUCUGGCCUGGUCUGCCACUCGUAGCAUGCAUCGACUUCAGACCCAGUAGACGGUGUGGUGUUAAUUGGGUGGCGUACAAAAUGCAUUCCCCUCAGCUCCUCGCGCCAGUUUAUAGGCAGCGUACUCCCUUUGCCAAGUUUGUCCCCGGUCUUUUAAUUUGGAGGCAAGGUAUCUCAACAGAGUGGCUCAUCUUUGAUAAAGACGAACCUGAACUCUUCGGAUGUGUCUAUGUCACCAAUCGGUUGGAAAAUGAAAAACCGGCGGUCAUCCCCCACGAGCGACAGAAAAUUCCUGACUACGACGACGACGAGCCCAGUUCUGGAUCCGAGGAUGAAGACGGUGAGUUCCGAGCAGAGCUCUCUUCUGGGCUUGUGAUAACGGACGACGUGGAUUCAGAAGGUUACCUCAAUGUACCAUAUCCCGAUUGGAUUAGCUUUUUGGAGCGUUGCUGGGAUAAAAAUGCCCGCACGCUGCAAUAUAAUGAGGAGCACCGCUAUCUAGAUGACCGUGUUAUCGCUAAGUCCGAUAUGGGUCCGGAAUUCAACUCGUUUUAUGAAAGUAGACUCCCCGCUUUUCCGUGGAUCUCACGGGAGUUAUGUACAGAGUAUCUCGCGAAUAAUUGA